GACUAGGCGGAAGCCGGAAGUGUUGAGGCGGAAAGCGGGCGAGAGCCGCAGUGACUCAGCAGAGUUUUGCUAGAAAAACACACUACAGAUAUGGCGGAGGACGAGGCCGGUCGCUCCGAACAACUCUCCGCGGAGGAUUACGCGGCCGAGGCCAUGGCCGCCGACAUGGACCCCUGGAUCAUCUUCGACGCACGCAAGACACCCCGUGCGGAGUUCAGCGGCUGGCUAGAGUCGAACCGGCCGUCGCAGGUGAGCCGCUACGCAACCAGCGAGGGCGAUCGGCCGGUGGGAUGGAUCGCGGUCCGAAGCCCGCACUACUGCCACGAGACCGGAGACGUGGACGGCCUUCAGGACAGCUGGGAGACGCUGCUAGCCAGUGGACGUAGCGUCACCUACCACACCAUACGGGAGCUAGCGCUAAACCACAGCGUCCUGUACGGGAAGUGGCUAAUGCACCUGGACACGGGCUUCAAGGUGGACCGCGCCUGGGAGAGCAUCGCUAGAGCCGUGCUGGACGGCAGGAUCAACUCCGCUAAGGCUAGCCCGCGCUCCGACUCCGACCCCAGGCACGUCAUCUGCGUCUACAACCAGAACUUCACGGACGAGGAGCAGGUGAUGCGUUUGGACGCCACUAUCCGCGCGGCCGGCGUCAAGUGCGUGCUUUACUACAAGCCCGACGUCUACACGUAUCUGGGCAUCUACCGCAACAACCGCUGGAAGAUCUGCCCCACCAUCUACGAGAGCAUGUUCGACCUGGAGAGCGUCCCCCGCCGGUCGCACAUCAUCGACAAGGUCACCAACCUGGAGGUCACCUGACCAGACGAGGUCACCAACCUGGAGGUCACAUGACCAGACACUCGCUUGUUUUGUAGAAACGUUGCCGAUUUCUGUUUCGUUACGUUGGAAAUGAGUAUGAUAAUGAUGCCAAAAGGGCUUUGAGUUGUGUUUUACUUUUUAAAAAUUAUUUUUUGUAUUGAACGUUCGUUCGGUUCAUUUGUUCUUGUGCCAAAUAAACAACGUUUUCAGUUGUGUCUCAGUGAA